AGUUCCUGCACCGGAAGCCCCAGCCUCCACACUUCCUCCUGCUCAUGACGUCACUGGGCACUACGUGUUCUCUGUUGCAGGAAGCUUGUCAGGUUUACUCCUCAUGAGCCUCCACUGAGCCCCUGCUGGGAGUUGUUGUUCUUAAAACCUUAAUAGGCUUUAUGUGAAGCCAUUCCAUUGCCCUCAGGAUGCUGCCUACCACCUCAGUGAAUUCUCGGACACAAGGCAAUGGCACGCUAAGCUCUCGAGAUGCGGCACGACACACAGCCGGAGCCAAGCGCUAUAAGUACCUGCGGAGGCUUGUUCACUUCAGACACAUGGACUUUGAAUUUGCACUCUGGCAGAUGUUUUAUCUUUUUACUUCACCACAGAAAGUGUACAGGAACUUCCAAUACAGGAAACAGACCAAAGACCAGUGGGCGAGAGACGACCCAGCGUUCCUCGUCCUCCUCAGUAUUUGGCUAUGUGUGUCUACUGUAAUGUUUGGGCUUGUUCUGCAAAUGGGGUUUGUGGAAACCCUGAAGCUUCUCCUCUGGAUUGUGUUUAUUGAUUGUGUUGGUGUGGGGCUACUGAUUGCAACCCUUAUGUGGUUUAUUUCUAACAAGUACCUGGUAAAACAUCAGGGAAGGGAUUAUGAUGUGGAAUGGGGUUAUGCGUUUGAUGUCCACUUGAAUGCGUUCUAUCCUCUUCUGGUCAUUCUGCAUUUUAUCCAGUUGUUCUUUAUCAAAUAUGUCGUCUUGUCAGAUUGGUUUAUUGGAUACUUUGUUGGGAACACAUUCUGGUUGAUUGCAAUUGGUUAUUACAUCUAUAUAACAUUCCUUGGAUAUAGUGCACUGCCAUUUUUGAAAAACACGGUCGUAUUACUUUAUCCAUUUGCUGCGUUGAUAGUACUGUAUGUCCUGUCAUUGGCUCUAGGAUGGAACUUCACCGCCAUGCUUUAUGCCUUCUACAAGUACAGAGUGAACUGAAGAUCUGCUGGCGUUCAUGUUGAUUUUGUAUAAAUUGUAAAUAUCCCUUUUCCUUGUCAAAUAUAAAGUCUCUGGUUUAAGAA